GUCUCUUUUGUUGUUUCGGUGGCUCAGUCCCCGAAUUCGCCCCUGUGAGGAGGGCAGGACAGCCGAGAGGGGCGGCCGAGGAGGCGGACAGAGGCACGGCAGAGUGAAGGGAGGAAAGAAAGGAAAGGGACUGAACCAUUCCUAAACCAGCGUCGACAUCAACAGGGGGAGAAGAGGAGCUGCUUGAAAGAAUUAGCUCUGAAGAGCAGCACCGUGUCCUGAACACGGAGAGAAAGCGAAGAGGCAGCGGCAGGGGAUGGAUGGUGCGGGGACGAGCGAUUCUUCCCGUAGGCUGAGGAGGAGCCGCCGCCGCCUGUUCCGCGUUCCCUUCUCCCACCCCCGAACAUUCGCCGCGGGCUUGUUCGCCUUCAGUCAGCGGCUCUUCUCCGCUCCGGCCAUGGUGGUGUCAGAGUUGCUCGCCCCUUCCCAGCGCGCAUCAGCCGGGCCAUCGGUGUGUUGUUGCCUCUGGUUGUUCGCCGUGCUGCUGCUCGGCAGCCUGCCCGCGGGACUGCCUGCCAGCCCGCUCUCCAGCGCCGAGUGUCAGAAUGGCAAAGGCAGAGGAGCCAACUGCUCAGAUGAUUUUAAAAUAUGUGACGAAACUACAUGUAAAUAUGGUGGAGUCUGUAAGGAAGUUGGUGAUGACUUGACAUGCUCAUGCCAGUUCCAGUGCCAUAAACGUUACAUCCCGGUUUGUGCAUCUAACGGAGACACCUACCAGAAUGAAUGUUUCAUGAGGCUAGCUGCAUGCAUGCAUCAAAAAGAGAUCAUAGCAGUCACAGACAGCCCUUGUUACACAGAAAACGGCUCUGGAUCGGGUGAAGGAGAAUACGAAGGCUCGGGAAUAGAACGACGGCCGAAACACGCAAAGUGUGGAAAAUGCAAGUUUGGGGCAGAAUGUGAUGAAGAUGCAGAGGAUGUCUGGUGUGUGUGUAAUAUAGACUGCAGCAGAUACAACUACAACCCAGUGUGUGCAUCUAAUGGAAAGUCAUAUGAUAGCCCUUGCCUUGUCAAAGAAGCAUCUUGCCAGAGACAGGAGUGGAUUGAAGUAAAACGUAUUGGUAAAUGCCAAGAUGACGCUGGUUCUUUGGGGAAGGACAAUGGAUUUCAGCUGGGAACAGAAAUUAAAGAUGCCAGUGAUCAAAGAGAAGAUAUGUACACUGGAAACUACCAGCCUUGUUCAGAACAUGUUUGCAUGCAUGGUAAAUGUGAAUAUAUUUAUGCUCGCCGAGAGACAUCGUGUCUCUGUGACUCUGGAUAUAUUGGACAGCGCUGUGAAAACAGGGACUUCAGUAUUCUAUAUGUGGUUCCAAGUGGGCAAAAGCUUCACUAUGUUUUAAUUGCAGCAAUAAUUGGAGCUGUGCAAAUUGCUAUUAUAGUCGCCGUGGUGAUGUGUAUAACAAGGAAAUGUCCAAAAAAUAAUCGAGGUCGCCGCCAGAAACAAAACCUAGGACAUUUUAAUGCAGACUGCACCACUUCUUCAAGGAUGGUCUAGCUUAAAUCACUUUAUACUCUUUUUCUUCAUUUCUCAUGUCUCUCUGCUGAAUUACAAAUAAUUUUUCUUUACUGAGAAGAAGCGAUUUUUGUUUCAGAGGCCUUGGUUUUCUGGACCUUUGCCAGCAUAUGGAUUACUGUGUCUGGUAGUAUGACCAGGAUGCUGCCAUUUGGGGUAAACAAGUUAAACAGUCUGAUUGUAAUUAAUAAUUGGGCUGCCCCAUCAGUAGGAAGGGUUCUUGAUUUCUAGAAAAAAUUCAAACAGAAAAAAAUAAGAAAAAUGAGGAAAUGGAAAUAAAAUACUAAUGAAAGGAAGAUUUUUGUACUCUAUGAGCAGAAUUUGCUCCUUAUGCCAGUAACAUAUGUUUGUGUAAUAACCUGCCAUGAUGCUCAUAAUGAAGUUACAGAUGACACUCAGAAGGCAGAAAAAUGCCUGAACAGGUUCAAAAAACAAUUGACUGAACAUGCUGUAGAAGAGACUCUGAAAGGGAAAAAUGUUUACAACUGACUUUCCUUACAAGAAAUGAAGGUGUUUUUUUUUAAAUUAUUGAUGCCUUUUCAAACACUAUUUGCAUGAUUUGUGGAACUGUGUACUGUGAUUAGAUUAAAAUUCAAUGCUGUUUGGAUUGAGUAUGGGGUGGACAUCUGAGUGCCACCACUCUAAUAACUCUGACUUUGCAGCUAUAUUUGGCUUCCCUUGGUGUAAAUUUAGUAUCACAUAAGUGUAACUGGUGGUGCAUGUGAUGUGUGCCACACAAAAAUGAUUUCUCUUUUUAGAAAAGACUAGGUUGAUCAUUUGGUGUCUUCACUAAGAUUCAAAUUGUUUAAAAAGUUAAAUACAUUGUUAUUUGUCACUAUCACACUGUGAUAAAAUACACUGUAAUUAUUAAAAUGUGCUGUACUUGAAAUUACUUUAAAAAUGGUACUAAAAUUACAACAGUGUCAUCUACUGGGUUUGUGUAACAGGGAUUGUGGCUUAACAAAGCUUCAUGGUUCAGCUCCUCUUCAGGUUGUAGGAUGUCUUGAAGUCAGCUAUCACUAUAUUCUAGAACACAAUAUAAUUUUAACCUCUGCAAAGAGAAAA